GUUUCUGUCUGACGUCCAUAUUUGUGUGUUGUGUUCUUUUCUUCUUCGCUGGGUAUUGGUGCACGUGCUGUUUCGUGUCAUUUCCGCUUCGUUUUAUCACGUUUAUCAGUUAACCCUUUCUAUUUUGUAGUCCACACCCAAGUCCAGGAAGGGGAAGCCGGCGGCAACGGACACAGGCAGAGUCGAGGUCGUAUUCGUUCAUUGGUGAUAUUAGUCGAGCGCAGGGCAGCCGCCUUUAUAACUUGCGUGUAUAGGUCAUCGAUGUUGCCAGUUUUUGAUAAAUCAAUCAUGAUCCUUGCUUGUUGCAUCAGCAACACUCAUCAUUUCAUUACCAACAUUCAUUUCGUUGGGUUGCUUCGCUUACAGUGAGGACCGGUUCUGGUUUUGACCACAGCCGGACUCAGCAUUGGUCUAGACUGACUCUGUCAGGGGGACUUUAAGAACAUGCGGCCCCUUUAAGAAAUAUGACUCGCUGCGCACUGUGGAUGCGCAGAAGAGAGAAAAGAGAGAGAGACGAGACGAGCUGAAGAUUUCACCAGUUGAGGCCUAAAGUGACGCUGUUAACGGGCGUGAAUGGAGGACAAAUGUGGAAUAUUUUCUCCAGAUGCCGUAUCAGUCUGCAGGUGUUCUGUCAAUUCAUGCAUGUUAACUGGGGACGCGCGCAUGCACGCAGAUAGUUUUACCUGGAUUUCCAGCAGAUGUUAACAGCGACAGAUUCAUGCCCUAAUUUACGGAUCACCGAUUAAAAACGAAUAUUUCACCAGUUUUAUACACGAUCAGAUGGAAGUGAAAGAGCAAAGACAACAAAUGGAGAAAAUUAAGGCGGAACAUCAUGACUUUAAGAUUCGAGAAACAAAAGUCAAAAAGCUGCACACCUGCACUCAGUGUGGAAAGCAUUUCAGACACAAAGGAAACCUCAACACACACAUGAGGAUUCACACUGGAGAGAAACCGUAUCCAUGCACUCAGUGUGGAAAGAGCUUCAGCGAUGCAGCAGUUUUACGUGUUCAUCUGCUCCGUCACUCUGGGGAAAAACCAUAUAACUGUGAUCAGUGUGGAAAAGGUUUUCAUUCGUCGUCAUGUCUAAACAAACACCUGAAAGUUCAUUCAGAUGAGAAGCCUCACGUGUGUUCUCUCUGUGGAAAGAGUUUUUCAAUAAUGUAUCGUUUAAAACUGCAUCAGAGAACACACAAAGAAGUGAAAGAUUAUCUGUGUUUUGACUGUGGGAAGAGCUUUACUACAUCAAGUCAUCUCAAACUGCAUCAAAGAAUUCACACUGGAGAAAAACCUUACAAGUGCUCAUACUGUGACAAGAGUUUCACUCAGUUGGGAACCCUGAAAACACACGAGCGAGUUCACACUGGAGAGAAGCCGUACGCCUGUACUCAUUGUGGGAAGAUUUUUAUUUCAUCAUCAAAUCUAAAGAAACACCUGAAAGUUCAUUCAGAUGGGAAGCCUUAUGUGUGUUCUCUCUGUGGAAAGAGUUUUUCAGGGCUGGACAGUUUUAAACAGCACCAGAAAACACAUCCAGGUGUGAGAGAUCAUGUGUGUUGUGACUGUGGAAAGAGCUUUACUACAGCUGCCAAUCUGGAACGGCACCGAAGAAUUCAUACUGGAGAAAAACCUUACAAGUGCUCAUACUGUGAGACGAGAUUCACUCAAUCUGGAUCUCUGAAAAGACAUGAGCGACUUCAUACUGGAAAGAAGCUCUAAUACUGUACUCUGGGUAGGGAUGGGUACCAAAAGCCGGUAUUUUUUUGGACUGGUUCAUAAUUGGGUCAAUACUGGACCACUGAAAAGCUUCAAGACAAUUUAAAUUUAUACACAAAUUUUAUAUAUAUAUAUAUAUACUUACAUUGGUUUAUGUCUGUAUACUUCUGUGUCAAUAGCAUGAAACAGAAAAAAACAUUGUGUCUUUAAAAAAACAGUUAAAUUGUGAUUGUUUAAUGUAAAAAAUUAAUUUAAUGUAAAACCUUUACUUCAGCAUCGAUUCUGAAAAGCACCUGGGGCCGAUUGCACCAUCUGGACGUUCAUCCAGUUGUAAGACUAAGCUUUAUAUAAAAUGCAUUUUAAGUCCUACAUAAAAUUUAAAAAUGUUGCACCAUCUGAGACUAAACCUUACGCCUAGACAAAUGUCCAGUGUGAAGUGUGAAGUCUAAAUUUGUUUCCAUUGGGAAAAUGGAGAUAAAUAAAACUGUUAGAAAGAGGGCGGGUCUGGUGUACAGGCUACACGAUCAGCGGGCUUUCCGGCGUGCAAUGAGAGAUUGGGCUUUCCAGUAAUGAGAAACCACACCAAUUUUCUAGAUAUACAGUAUAUGGAGACAGAGAAUUUAUUGAACGUGUUCAUUUCAGAAGGGUAAGAGCAGGCAACCCGAAUGCUGCAACACUACUGAGUCCGUGAUUGGUAGAUCAGUGGAGGGUGA